GUCGAAAUGAUCUCGCGAGACAAUCAGCCUCCAACGAGGAGGCGAGCUGAAAGUUCGCACCUGCCGCAGCAACGUGGAAGAAGCCCGGUGAAAAUGCAGUAAGCAAACCACUGGUUUAAGCGAAUGGUUCGUAAACUGACCUCAGGGGUUUCCACAUUUGCACUGACGCCCGCUCUGACACGGCCCUUGAACAUGGACAGCAACAGAAAGAAGCUCACAAUUAAGUGGCUUCGUACUGGAGUCACAUCACCGAUGCUGGUUAGAUGUAGCGGUGCUGGUUUAGCUACACCCUCUCGCCAGAAUAUGUCGCUGCAGGAGGAUUCCAACACUUUGCUCCUCAGGGACUCUCCUGGACCUGAUGACUUUGCUGAGCUUAGUCUGGACAGUCCAAAGAGAAAAGCAAAGGAGGCCUCUCCAGGAAAACUUAAACUAAGGAAGAUUUCGAAGAUGAAGUUUGAAACAUUUCCACCAUUAAAGCAGGAAGACCCCACUGAUGACCUAUCUAUUCAGUUGGAAGCUGGAGAGAGGGAGACAUCCUCAACCUCGCCUCAUGCUUUUGUCUUGAAAAAGAAAAGCAGGACACCUGAAAAAGGAUUAAAGGCUAUCUGCAGGAAGACUGCGAUUGGGACCAUCGACACCAAAAAUGUGACAAAUGACUCUUCUGGCAUUUACGAGACUGAAACUCAAAGCCUGACUUUGCCGCUUGCAUCUUCACCUGUGGAUAAAGUAGUGUCCAGCCCCUCAACCAAACCCAAGUAUAUAUGUAAAGCCAGUACUGUCCGGGAUGAUCGGUGGUUUCCCUCUCAGGUGUUUAAGGAAGCAGAAAGCCGAGGUUCUAGCUGUGACCUAAAAACAGUUAGCAGGACUGCUGCCUCAUCAUCUAAAAGGCCAAUUUAUGCUUCACCCCAACGGCCCCCGUCAUCAAAUGCAGGCUUUUCACCUGGAGUUGAGACUAACAGUUUUAGAUCUUUGAAGAAUAUGUCGUAUUUGUCAGAUCCCUUCGCUCUGCCUCUACAUUCACGAAGAGGAGCAUCUAAGAAUGACUCCAAAGCCCCACGCAGACAGUCAGAUGUUGGCUCUAUGCAUUACCCUCCCUACUCUUUGACUCAUGGUGUCUCUCCUAAAAGAAGGUUUUCCCUGGAAAUGGACUAUAAGAAAACCAGUUACUCACACCUGGGUGAUCAUCUUGGUUUUAUAGACACCCACUGCCACAUAGACAUGCUCUAUGGGAAGCUUGGCCUCAGUGGGACGUUUAACAGCUUUCGGAGGCUGUACAGCAGCAGCUUUCCUAUAGAGUUUCAAGGCUGCAUUGCAGACUUCUGCAACCCAUCGAUCAUGGUGAAGGAAGCGCUGUGGGAAGGGUUGCUGGCUGAAGACAUGGUAUGGGGAGCGUUCGGAUGCCACCCCCACUUUGCCCAGAAGUACUCAUGUGUCCAGGAACGCAACAUACUGAUGGCCAUGCGGCAUCCAAAAGCUGUGGCGUUUGGUGAGAUGGGGCUGGACUACUCCCACAAAAACUCCACUAACAUCUCCAGGCAAAAAGAGGUCUUUGAGCGUCAGCUGCGUCUGGCUGUUGCCUUGCAGAAGCCUUUGUUGAUUCACUGUAGAGAUGCAGAUGACGACCUGCUGGAAAUCAUGAAGAAAUGCGUCCCUAGGGAACACAAAAUCCACAGGCACUGUUUCACAAACAGUUAUCCAGUGAUUGAACCCUUCUUGACAGAAUUUCCCAACCUGUACGUGGGCUUCACGGCCCUGAUCACCUACUCGAGAGCCACAGAGGCUCGAGAUGCGGUCCGCCAGAUCCCGCUGAACCGCAUUGUGGUGGAGACGGAUGCUCCCUAUUUCCUGCCAAGACAAGUGAGCAAAGACGUCUGCCGGUUUUCACAUCCUGGCAUGGGCAUCCAUACUUUUCAGGAGCUGAGCCUGCUAAAGGGUGUAGACAUGGCGACCGUGCUCUCCACCAUUCGACGCAACACCGCUCAACUUUAUGGCAUAUGAUCGUCAGAAUUAAAGAUUAUAAACUAUCGAAAGCCAACAACCAUUGUAAGAGUCAGGCUUCAGUGUGGAUGCGGAGGAGGCAGGAUUCCCAAAGAAAGGAACAGACCAAUAAAAAUGACACAUUCUUUACAUUAGUGCUUUUUCUGAUAUUUUAUGUCAUUGUUCAUAUUAUUUAAAUGCAUAACAGUUUUAAUAGGUUUGUUGCAUGUUUUUGUGGUUUGUAUUGAUUGUCUUGUCCCGCUGCUGUGAAGUGUAAUGCAGUGCAGACGUAUUAAAAGCCAUUAACCUUU